AACCAAACUCGCACCUCUAAGCAACCUCUUUUCUUUCACCCACAUCAUAUGUAAUGUGUGUGUAUAUAUGUGUAUAUAUCAUUAUUAUUAUUAUAUUUAUAUAUCUUUGUGUAUUAAUGACUUAUAAGAGGGUUUGUUAGCCAAAACGUUUGCAUCAAUCGCAGGUGUAAGAGGUUUGUCCAAUCCCUCCAACUCUCUAACGGAAAACACUUUCCCAUCUUCCCCCACCAUAUAUUCUCUUCCUGUGUCUCUUUCUAUACUCCCUUGUCUUUAUUGUUAGUUUCUUAUCUCUAUUAUUCCUCUCUCUCUCUCUCUCUCUCUCUCUCUCUUAUAGCUUUAAUAUUCUUUACUCAUCAUAGCUUAGGGAAGGGAAGAUAAAUAGAUCAAGCACAAGAGGGAAAAAUAUAUACCCUAUUCUUGAAUUAGGGUUUUUUUUUCUUUCUUUGUGUUUCAGCUCCUAGCUAGGGAGAGAUAAUUAAUAUGUGCAGUAGAGGCCAUUGGAGGCCAGCUGAGGAUGAGAAGCUUCGAGAAUUGGUGGAACGCUAUGGACCUCAUAAUUGGAACGCCAUAGCUGAGAAGCUCCGAGGAAGAUCAGGGAAAAGCUGUAGGUUGAGAUGGUUCAAUCAAUUGGACCCAAGAAUAAACAGAAGUCCUUUCACGGAGGAAGAAGAAGAGCGUCUUCUAGCUUCUCACCGGAUUCAUGGCAAUAGAUGGGCAGUAAUUGCAAGACACUUCCCAGGACGAACUGAUAACGCUGUCAAGAAUCAUUGGCAUGUGAUGAUGGCAAGGAUUCGGAGAGAAAGGUCUAAAAAUUAUAGUCCAAAACAGCCACUUUUUCCUCCAAACUUGCAGGUCGAUCUUGAGACAAAUUUUGAGACCUUCCCUUCUUUUGUUGACAAGUAUUAUGAAAAGUACAGCCACCCUUGUGUCGCACUCACUCAUAGCUCUUUUCAAUUUCCCACCAAGAAUUUUUACUUUCAAGAUCCAAGUUCUGCUGGUUCCACAGUGCCUCGAGACAAUUGUGAAUCAGUAGAGUUCUAUGAUUUUCUUCAAGUAAAUACCGAUUCGAAUAAAAGUGAAGUGACAGACAACGCCAGAAGAGACGAGGAGGAAGUAAGUCAAGAUGCUGUGGGAAUGAAGAAUAAGGACAAUGGUGUUCCAUUCAUUGAUUUUUUGUCUACUGGAGGCUGCUAACAUAUAUAUAAUUGCCAAAGUACAACCUCAAUUACUUCCAAUAUUGAUCAAUUGAUCGAGUCUGACUACAGAACAAAAUCUCCACGUACGUAGAUCCAUUUAUGUAAUUAACUACCUACUGCAUUCACAAAACAGUAAUGUAUUUAAGGAUAUAUACAUGUACAUUUAUAACAUGUAAAAAAACUGCUUCUAAGAAGCUCCAUGCAUCGAAGAUCAAAAACGUACAUUGCAUCAACUGAAGAAAAUUAGAAAUGCUAUAGAUGUUUGCAUCUUUCAAGAUUUUA